AUGAGGGAGGCGGCCGGGGAGCAGCAGCAGGAGCCGGCGGCCGGGGAAGCGGGAAACCGCGUCUGUGCGGAGCCGGCGGGGAGCGGCCACUGCGGCCAGCCCUGGAAGAAAUUUGUAUAUGUUGAGCCACCUAAGAGAGUUAAGGAAGUACUUGAAGAAGAGCUUUAUUUUCGGAGAGAUGGAUGCCAAAUUAAACAUCCAGCUGCAGUGGCUCUGGAAGGAAUAUGGAGUGUGAGAAGAAAUUUCUCCGUGGGAGGCUUGAAGCCAGCAUCACAGAACAGAAACAGUUUACUUUCACAGCCCAAGUACUAUUCCAGGCACGGAGGAAUAAGAAGAUAG